CAGCGCUGCGCGGCGGCCGAGCCGGCAGCGGCCGCCUCUGGCAGCCCCGGGCCAGGCGCCCCCGUCCCCAGCAGCGGGGGUAAGAUGGCGCUGAAGAGGAUCCAGAAGGAAUUAACUGACUUGCAGAGGGACCCCCCUGCCCAGUGCUCUGCAGGACCUGUGGGAGAUGAUUUGUUCCACUGGCAAGCCACCAUCAUGGGCCCGAAUGACAGUCCUUACCAAGGAGGCGUUUUCUUCCUGACCAUCCACUUCCCUACCGAUUAUCCUUUCAAGCCCCCAAAGGUUGUUUUCACAACCAAAAUUUAUCAUCCCAACAUCAACAGCAACGGCAGCAUCUGCCUUGACAUCCUGCGGUCCCAGUGGUCUCCAGCACUGACUGUGUCAAAAGUUCUCUUAUCCAUCUGUUCUCUGCUCUGCGACCCCAACCCUGAGGACCCUCUGGUGCCAGAGAUAGCCCAUACCUACAAGGCUGAUAGAGAGAAGUACAACAGACUAGCAAGAGAGUGGACACAGAAAUAUGCUAUCAUGUUGGUACCGCUCUCAGCCAUCGUGGUUUUGACAACGUCACGUCUCUGAUGCCAGAUCAGUAGUCACUGUUGUGAUGCACAGCCUUCCUGGCUACGCUGGAAUCGGUCCCUCCACCCCAACUCACUGCUCACCUCCUGGGGGGACCUGAGUGCCUCCCCUGCCUGGCCUCACUCAGGCGGCAUUGCUUACCAUGGCGCCACACAGGGGCCUCAGUCUGGCCCCUUACCAUGUGCUCUUUGCCUUUUAGAACUCGGUGCCCGGGAAGGAGCGGGCAGGCUUUCCUCACGUCGUGUCUGCCACAAGCCACAUCCUGAGGACCCUCAGCUCAUCCCAGGAGUUCUGGGAGCUGGAAACAGUGUCACUGGGAAGUGGAGGCCUUGCCCCACAGCUCCCACCAGUCUUCCUCAGCAGUGCCACGUGCUGGCACUCGCGCCCCACACCAAGAAGCUGUAAAUAGAAAGUCAGGAUAUAAAGCACAUAACACGCCAUGAGAGAUGACUGUCGUUUUAGAAGCAAGAACAAAAUUAUGAAACCUGAAAAGAUUUGGGUUAUGCUUUUCUAUCUGAUGAGAUUUCACCAUCCCUACCUCCUCCCAGUCAGAGCCUACAUGAAGUCAGAAUGUGAGCCAUUCCCUGAACAGAACACAGGGAGAGAGGGGGGCUGUGAAAUGUAAAUAAAAAUGUAAUGCACUCAUAACCCUGAAUGAUAACUGACAUUUAAGUCUCUUUUUUUUCCAGGCAGAACAGAAGAUACGGAAACUUUUAACAGGUAGCCCAUCGGGUAACUGGCCUCCUCUCUUAAGUUUCUGAUGUAAUACAUUUCAAGAGCUGCCUUUAGAGUUCAGAGGUUUGAGAUUAGGUUAGUGAGGAGAAGGGUAGUAAAGGGAUUAUUCUAAUUGAACCUCCAAAGAGAGGAGGAAAAUUGAGGGACUUCACAUCUCUAAAGUCCAAUUUGGCCUAGUCUUUUCUAAGUGGUUUUCAAAGCUAGUCCACUCCCAGAACAGCCAUAUGAGAAUAAUGUUUGGGUGAGUAGGACCAGGAAGUGGACAAACACUAAAAUUCUCCAACCAGAUGGCCAGGUCUGUGGCGUUUGGAAGGAGGCCUACAGACCUUGCACCUGGGGAUCAGCGCUAGGUGACCAUGUGAGCCUGACCUGCUCCGGAAACUCUUAUGUUGUAGCACAGCUUCACUGUUCUUGCUUUCCAGCAGGAGUGCUGGGAUUAGUCACCACCACUUCCUUAGCAAAGUAGGCAUCUGUCUGAGCCGGGUCUGCAUUUACUUUACGGGGGUCCCCAUUUGGGAUCCUCAGUUACAAGGCUGCUUUCUGUGUUCCAUGGGCCCCAUUCCCUGCUUUGUACCAUGGUGAGGAUUGCCCUGUUAAUUUUUUCUCUCUUUGCUACCCCUUUGGUCUUUACUUAAACAAAAUGAUAAACUUCAGAUGUCCCCUGGGAACACUGCCGUCACACAACUCUGCCAUUUCAGACAGUGGUCAUAAUACUCCUUGAACCAAAUGUAACAAAGCCUAGGAACGUGGGACAGAUUCAAAUUUCAGAGACAAGUCAGAGGUUCAGAGAAGGAAUAUCCAGGCCCAAGUUGGUGUUGAGUUGGAGGGUGCCAUUUUCAGCCUUUCAAGCAUAAUAGCUUAUGACUCCCCAGAAGCUCAUGAAUUUUCUCUGUCUAGUUAAAAUUUUCCCAAGCCUGCUAUCUCUGUUGGAGAUAAUGCAGUAGAAAAAGUAAAAUUAUCCUUUGAGAUCCUGAUUAUGAAUUACCAUUCACCCUUUGCUUGAUUUGCACUCUGUACUUGGACAGGCCUGUACUUGUGCCAGGCCAAGUGAUGGACAGGCCACCACAGUGAUGUUCCUGUCCCUGGCAAAUUCCUUGGACUCUCUACCCCUGGGAAACUUGCUUUUCAAGCCUUCCAGGGCUCAGAUCAGCCUGAAGGACAGGCAUGUUAAGUUGAAACCCUUAUUUUAAAAUGCACUGUGUUCAGGCAGCUCCCAGGUAUCACACAGGUAUAGAUAUCAUGUUUCCAAGGCGAGUCUCAGAUCAGUAACUUAACAGCACAUCUAAAAAGCUAACUGUGCAGUGAUACUUUGUUUUUUCCAUGGACCAGAGAUACCAGGGAAUUGCAUGAUCUUAAGCAGUUAAUCCAACAUGAACAAAUGACUUAACUGUGGCCAAAAGUGUCUCAGUUUGCUGGAUGGAGCUGUGAUCUUGAUCCUUUGGCAGACUACAGGAAGACUCAAGAGUUCCAAGGAUAUGGCAAAGGGUCAAAAUCUCCCAACAAGGGAUUAAAACACCAGAACACCCAUGUCCAAUGGGCCUGGCAACUCACAGCUGGCCCGUGUGUCAGCACCAUGGGAUCCCACAGCACCUGACUGCAGAGGCUCAAGGACAGGCAGGUUUCUGUCUCAAAUUCAGGACAAAGUCUCCUAAAGUGAUAAAGAGGUGCUUGUGAGACGGGUCAACAGAGCUCCUGGCCCGAAGGCCUGUUCUGGUGGAGGCAGAGAAAGCCUCGGGAGCAGCACGGGCCACGUGUCCCUCUUGCCCUCACCUGCCCCCUCUUCUGUGCCUCUGUUCCUCCAGCCCUUCUCUCUGUGACACAUGCUUCCUCCCUGGCAGCACUGGGUGGGGUUGAAUGAGAAUUAGAUCUAGCCAUGAAAGCUGGUCUGAGAAACAGGAUGGCUUACCAGUGUUAGCAACCUGAGUCCUUGGACUCUUUAAUCAAUAGAAAUUGAUAAGAGAUCAGACAAGGAAUUUAGGCAAGGCUUUACUGGAACUCACGCUGCAGCAGUGGGAAGUAAGAACAAGUGAACCAGUGCCCUUGCUUGACCCCUGCAGGUGGCAGGGCGAGCUGGUCCCUUAAAUGAGGUGAGGGUGGGGCAGACCAGUGGGUCAGGUUGGAAGGGUGGCUUGGGUGGUCUGCCAGCUCACAUGGUGGUGCUGUGUGCAAGGAUCAUGUGCAGAACCCUGCUUUUGCUCCCCGUACCUCAGAAGUGACAGUUAGGUUUUGGUCUUUUUGCACUAGUCAGAAUUGACCCCAACUGUGCAUGCAUCAAGUUAUUUUUAGUCCCGUAUAGUUUCUUUGUGUUCUUUUGCGCAAGAUGUUUGUUCAGGUGUGAGCACUCCAGUAAAGGGACCCAGGCCCCAACCUAUCUCACCAGCACCCUCACAACAGCAGCCUGAUGCCAUGCAGGCAGGCACACUGGCUCCCUCAGGCCUGGUGGUCUUCCCAGCCAGUCUGCUGGCCUCAUCAUGACCACCACUGGGGCUUCUCUUCUGUUGGCAGAGGGGUUUUAUUAAAACUAAAAAGCUACAGAAAAUCUGCAAACCCGCUCUCAAACCAAAUAGUGGUUUCUUGACUUUCCUAAAAAGUGUCACGUCCCCAUCUUACCCCAUCUCUACCCCACUUCUCCCAGGCGCCUAAUCCUUACCUUCAGAUAGGCCCACUUGAGCUGUUCCAGCUCCCUGCAACAGAGCUUACCUCUGGGUGCACGGGCUUGGCUGGGCUCCACUUUAGGGGGUAAUGACAGAAUUGCCCUCUCAGAGCCUGCCUCUCACCUGUGCUGCCCACCCCACCACAAGCACAGUAGCUCAAGGGGCUAGUCAUGGGGAAUGUCCAUCACUGCUGGCUGUCAUUACUUUCUAAUGACUUUAGGUAGCUUUAUCAAGGCAAUGACUGAGCACUUGCCAAGAACAAGGUGUGAAGGGGAGGGGGAAGGAAGAGAAUUAUGCCAAGAAGGGAACUACACAGGCCUCAGGAAGGAGCUAAAACUAGGGUAGGGCAUGAUGGAUGGACAGGGAGGAGGGUCCUACAGGCAGAGGGCUGUGUUCCCCAACAAGCACAGCACAUUCUGGGGACUCACCCAGCACCUGGCAACACUCCCGCACAUGGCUCUUCCGGAAUUGGGGCCCUGUUACCUUCUGGGUGUCACAGGGCUCACCUUUCUGGAGAAUCAUUAAAGGCAGAGGAGUGCAGGAUGAAUGGCAAUUUUCAUAUUAAGUGGAUGGCAUAGUUCAUACAAGCUGGUGUGUAAAACCAUUUUGCACCCUAGACUCCCAGGUAAACAAGCAGCGUCACUGGGCUGGGGACUUCUUAGAGUCCAGGACAAGGCACAGAGCUGCAUCUAUCCCUCGAUCCACAUGAAGAAAGGAAUGGAAGGACAUUAGGCCUGGGCCCAGCCUCAUGUCAAAGCUUGUUCCCAGGAGCAGUAAUGACCUGGCCAGGGCACUAGAAGGUCAAGCAUGCUUAAUGGAUAAAAUGAUCUACCAGCUCCAGAAACAAGGAUGCAGAUGGAGGCAUGGGCGGUAAAGUUGGGGGUGGCAGAGGCAAGGUGUGAAAGGCUAAUUACCCUUCUGAGGGAACUUGGCUGUUUCUUCCUUCUGUGUCAAAUAUCCAGCAGUAGGAAUAAUCUGGUGGUCCAGUGGUUAGCAAUCUGUGCUUCCACUGUAAGGGUCACAGGUUCAAUCCCUAGUCGGGGAACUGUGAUCCCACAUGCCAUGUGACCCAAAGCAAGCUCAGGACACCAUCCUGAAACAGGAGGAACUAACAAUAAGCUGUCAACAUCUUUGGGUUUAAAAUGUUGGCAGAGUUGUAGUUAAACUGCAAAAUCCCCAUCACCUGUACCUUCUGUUCCCUUUGAACCUUCUAGAAUUUCUGCCGACUCCUUGCUGUGGGCUCAUCUGUCUACAACAGGGAGCUUGACUGAUGCACACAUGUCUCCAGGUCUUUGAGGUCGAGGCUUCAGCAAGGCUUGACCCUCACAGCAAGAGCUAUGUGAGCAGCAAGUAUGCCCUCUCUGUAAAGGGUUAGGAUGGCAGGAAAGAGCACUGCUUCUCCUGAAGGAGGCGGUUUUGCCCUUUCUGUGAGACACCACAUAUGACUUGUGGCAGCCCCUCAUAGCCAAGCCUUAAAUGACAAGCAGACCACGUUGGCCAUUCCCUACCCUCGGGCCUGAGUCACAGAUCAAGCUCAAGACUGCAGCCUUCCCACCUUUCCACCCUUGACUGCUUACCGUCUGUUUAAAUCAUAACAGAGAUUCAACCAGGAAGGUUUGGGGGGGGUUUUGUUUUGUUUUUAAUCUCUCAAGAUGUGAAGUAUUUGUUUACUGGGUUUCACUUACUAUGCAGCAUAAAUAAGUUUUCUUUUUAGGGCAGGAAAACCAAUGAUUUCAUUUCUCCCAUUCUGUCAUAAUAUGGCCAUGUGUGGCUGGAGCAUAGAGAUGUAAUCCUGGUGGUUUUUAAGAAAAUUAUUUUC